CUCAAAAAUUAUUGUCGAAGUUCCAACUAGAAGACAACCGGCAACAAGCCGGAAGGCCACAAUGUUGGGGAGAAAGAGAAAGAGGAUGAAGAAGAGGAAGCUGACAACAUGUCACAAGGAUCAACUGAGAAAAGAACACAGUUGCAGAGGGAACAGGAAACGGCUGAUACACCAGAUGAGGACGACCUCAAAGAUACACUCAGUUGGCUGAGCAAUUACGUCCAAUUGCUGGAAAGAGAAAGAGAAAUCGAGUUUGAAAUCAGAGUGGCUCACAAAAAGCACAUCUGUAACCUGCAAAAUUUCAACCCAACGCAGCAAUCCCUGUCCAGCCUGUUCCCUACACACAAUCACUUCGAAGUGCUGGAGAAAGAACAGGAGCUAUCAGAAUUUUUCGCAGAACGUUGCGGCUGCAAACUCGAAGAUGCAACCAACAAGAAGGACACUACCCUGAACAGAUUCAACUGGCCAAAGUCCUACACCAAUUCAGACAGUCAAAGGAAAAGCAAAAGACUCAAAAGAGGAAAAGGGAAAGCACAAGAGGACCCAACCACAAGCGACCAAGAAACGAAAGAAGGAGAGAAGAAAGAAGAGAUCCAAGUGGACACAAGGGAAGAACUUGGCAGACAAGAAAUCCUGGAGGCACAGAUCACAACGCUCAAGGACCAGAACAGAGAGACAGCGGAUGUCGCAGUCAAUCUGCAAAAGCUGGCCAAUGGUCAGAACGCAGAAACCUUCACAGCAGCCAGGCUAGAGGCGAAAGAGGGUACUACCAAAAGAGUAGUAAUUCCCUACCGCUGGAACACUCAACACCAGGACUGGGAAGUAGCAGUCAACAAGUCCUGGGCCCUCAUUGCUCUGGCCAAACUGUCCGAAAAAGUGCUGGCAGCCAACAUCUCGGAGAACAUGCCUCUCAACGCCCACAUCUUGGGUCCCAAAGAGGAAUGGAGAAAGGAAUGGAUCAGCCCCUCGGGUGACAUCAUGGUUAGCGACCUCAGACCGUACAUGGUUCGUUUCUCAAUGGAGGCAGAGAUCAAAGAACACCUCACGUGGAAGCCGUGGAAAGUGGUAGAAGCAAUCCCUUACGGACUCCUGGGAGGGAAUAUUACAGCAGAAAGAGCGGCAGUGGCUGCCUCGAUAGUGGAAGCUCAUGCCCUCUUUGGGGACAACGAGACCCAUCUGGGGGUAGUUCUGGAGGCAGCGGCUCGGUCGAUCAAACUGGUCUACCCCAAGACCCAUGGAAGCAUCCCCACCUAAUUUAAGAACCCUAGUAAAGGACCGGGUAGUUCCACCCACAACGUUCCAUGGCAACACCCAACCUAGCUACACAGGUACUAAGACCAGGCUCCAUUAGACAUUUCCCUCAAGCAUAGAGAGCCUGAAUUAUCGGUGAUGUCAUGGAAUGUUAACGGUUUAGCAACAGUCAUAUCCAACACCGAAAAGUGGGACAACAUGACCAAUUACCUCAGCUAGUACUCAAGGAACCCACCCGGCAUUGUAUGCUUGCAAGAGACACACCUAACAAACUCAUCAGAACACCAAGCAACCAUCAAUAAAAUAAUCACAAGAUU